UCGCGCUGGGUAGUCCUGCAGCCCCCCAGGAGGCUCUCUUCGCCUUGAAUCUGAGGGGUGGGCUGCGGCGGUAAUGCCCAGCUCCUAACCGAGCAGGAGGGGAGGGAGCUCUGCUCCAGUAGCAUCCAGAUUCCAGGGCAUUGCGUGGUACUUUGGAAGAGCCAAUUAUUCCGUCUCCUCGUGGUUGCAUAGGCUGAUUACACAUCGGGCCCUGGUUAGGAUGCUCAGUGGACUGGGAGAAUAGAAAAAAACAAGAGAAACACAGAAAUGAAGGAAGAAAAAAGGAGGAAAAAAUCAAAACGGCAUGUGGCAGAAAAGGAACAACCAGUCCAUGAAACUGAACCAAAGAAAAAGAAAAAAACCCUGGAGAGAACAAAAAAGGUGGAGGAGGAGGCGGCGGAGGAACUUACUGCAGAGGAAAGGAGGACAUUGGAAAGAAAACUAAAGAAAGAGCGUAAGAAGGAAGAAAAAAAACUGAUGCGGGAAGCUGGAAUUGCUGCUAAGAAAGAAGAGCCCAAAAAAACAUCAGGAGCUGAGUUGGCACUGGAGUAUUUAACUAGACAAUUCCAGCGCCCUCAUCCACUUUGCAGAAUCUGUACUUCCACAAGCGUCUCCUGUCACUCUCACCCUUCCCUAAGAAGGAGCUGCUCCAGAAGCUGGUCCAAAAAAACAAAAGAAUGGAAGUUUCAAAAGACCAGGCAGACUUGGCUUCUUUUGCACAUGUAUGAGAAAGAGAAGGUUCCAGAUGAAUAUUUCUCUAUUUUAUUGGACUAUCUGGAGGGGCUUAAAGGCAGUGCGCGAGAUGUAACCAUGCAGAAAGCUGAAGCUCUUAUGAAAGAGUAUGACAAUUCAGAUACAGAAGAUCCAGGCCUGUUGGAGAAGUGUGAGCGCAUACGAAAAGUUUUACAACUAUUAUCAUGAAAGUGUGUAAACCUUGUCAUUAGAUUUCUAGAUUCAUCUGUCUCUACCAUUGUAUGGAGAGCAGGUGAAAUGCAACAAAUAACUUCUAAAAAAUAUGUAAAUACAUAUUUUUUUCAUUAAGAAUUGUAAUUAUGAUAAGAUUUCAUGUUUCAAUUGCUCAUUGUACAAUAUUUUAAAAUCAAUCAUUAAACAGUUUAUAAGGAGAUUGUAAUCAAAACGAACCAUAGUGUUUGCCCAUUAUUAAACAUUCUAUUUUGGCCCCAUCAAGUAAUUUUUGCAUGUGUUGGAAAUGAGUGGAAACAUCCAUCUCACUUCUAGUUCUUCAUCCAUCUCACUUUUAGCUAUUAACUGAAGAGAGGAGCUUUGUGUCUCUUAAUAAAAGCAAAACAAUCCAACCAACAGAAAGCCUGGAGGUUCUUUCACAAAGGAUAGUCUUAAAAGUGAAUGUAAAGCACAGUGCUUUGUUAGCCAGCUGUAAUCUAUCACUUUCAGCUUUAGCAGCAUGUCAUUUGGAUUUGGGAAAGAUCAUUUUCAGUCUGUCGAACAUGGGUUUAUAACACAUUUACUUAUUAGCAAUUUAAGCAAAGAUCUGGAGAUUGUCAGCUUUGUUAGUUUUCCUCUUGAUAUUUAAAGUUUUUUGGAUGACUUUAUGACAAUAGCUAGGUAUUUGGAAAAUGUAGAGACGUGAAUAGUCCAAAUCAGAUGUCCAUUGUGAAAUCACCCAAUCAUACCUUUAGGAAAUGCUGUGUUAUAACAUUUUGUGUUCAGCCUGACAAAAUACAUCUUCAUCUUUCUCUUGUAAUUGUUUUCCAGUUGAGUUAAUCUGUAUUCAGUUGCUUCAACUAGGGAACAUUUGUAUCCUAGGAGAAUGCUGAAGACCAGAUUUUUAUGCAAAAAACAAGGGCA